AUUGUUAGUGACAGAAAUAAUCUCGGCUGGGCGCGGUGGCUCACGCCUGUAAUCCCAGCACUUUGGGGGGCCAAGGCGGGAGGCUCUCUCGAGGCCAGGAGUUCAAGACCAGCCUGGGCAACAUGGCAAGACGCCGACUGUUAAAAAAAAAAAUGUUACCCGGGCGUCGUAGCGUGUGCCUGUAAUUCCAGCUACUGGGGAGGAGGUGGGACGAUCGCUCGAGCCCGAGAGGUUGGUCGGGGCUGCAGUAAGCCGAAAUCACGCCACUGCACUCCAGCCUGGGCGACAGAGCGAGACCCUGUCUCAGAAAGAAAGAGAAAAACCACCGUCCAAGGGCGGAGAAGGAAGGUUCUCCCUGCUUCUCAGGUUUCCACUCCUUGGCCGGAAAAAGCCUAGUCCUCCCAGGUUAGCACGCCGCUCUAGCCCAGCCUCACGUCUCCACUGCUUCUCAGCCAGCCAACGCCUCUUCUGAUUGGCUCUGACGUGCGUGGUGCGUGAUAACGUCACGAGGCGCCGGCGUUACUAUAAGUGCGCAGCCGUGUCACUUGCGCGCCUCUUUCUCAGGGACCGGGUUAUGCGUUCAGGCGCAGACGGGGAAGCGGAGCCAACAUGCCGGUGGCCCGGAGCUGGGUUUGUCGCAAAACUUAUGUGACCCCGCGGAGACCCUUCGAGAAAUCUCGUCUCGACCAAGAGCUGAAGCUGAUCGGCGAGUAUGGGCUCCGGAACAAACGUGAGGUCUGGAGGGUCAAAUUUACCCUGGCCAAGAUCCGCAAGGCCGCCCGGGAACUGCUGACGCUUGAUGAGAAGGACCCACGGCGUCUGUUCGAAGGCAACGCCCUGCUGCGGCGGCUGGUCCGCAUUGGGGUGCUGGAUGAGGGCAAGAUGAAGCUGGAUUACAUCCUGGGCCUGAAGAUAGAGGAUUUCUUAGAGAGACGCCUGCAGACCCAGGUCUUCAAGCUGGGCUUGGCCAAGUCCAUCCACCACGCUCGCGUGCUGAUCCGCCAGCGCCACAUCAGGGUCCGCAAGCAGGUGGUGAACAUCCCGUCCUUCAUUGUCCGCCUGGAUUCCCAGAAGCACAUCGACUUCUCUCUGCGCUCUCCCUAUGGGGGUGGCCGCCCGGGCCGCGUGAAGAGGAAGAACGCCAAGAAGGGCCAGGGUGGGGCUGGGGCUGGAGACGACGAGGAGGAGGAUUAAGUCCACCUGUCCCUCCUGGGCUGCUGGAUUGUCUCGUUUUCCUGCCAAAUAAACAGGAUCAGCGCUUUACAA